AUGUUAGACUGGUCCACGCUGAUAUCAAUUCCUGGAGACAGCAUGAAAAUCCGCUCGGCCGUGGGGGUCCCUGGGCUGCGGCGGCUGCCAAGCAGCGGCCAUGCCCCGGGGGGCCUGGGGGACGGGAUCCCCGCCCCCCAGAAGGUACUCUUCCCCGUGGAGCGCCUCUCUAUGAAGUGGGAGCGGGUCUACCGGAUUGGCGCCGGGCUGCACAAUCUCGGGAACACCUGCUUCCUUAACUCCGUAGUGCAGUGCCUGACUUACACACCGCCGCUUGCCAACUACCUGCUCUCCAAGGAGCACGGCCGUACCUGUCACCAAGGAGGCUUUUGUAUGAUGUGUGUGAUGCAGAACCACACGAUCCAGGCUUUUGUCAACAGCGGCAACGUGAUAAAGCCAGUGUCCUUCAUCCGAGACCUCAAGAAGAUCGCUCAGCACAUCCGCUUUGGCAGCCAGGAGGAUGCACACGAGUUCCUGCGCUAUACCAUCGACGCCAUGCAGAAGGCCUGCCUGAACGACUGCACCAAGUUGGAUCGCCAGACCCAGGCCACGACACUGGUCCACCAGAUCUUUGGCGGUUACCUGCGGUCCCGUGUGAAGUGCUUGGUGUGCAAGAGCGUCUCGGACACCUAUGACCCUUGCUUGGACCUGGCACUGGAGAUCAGGCAAGCCACAAACGUAGUGCGGGCUCUGGAGAUGUUUGUGAAGCCAGAUCUCCUGGGCGGGGAGAACGCCUACAUGUGUGCUAAGUGCCAGAAGAAGGUGUCAGCCAGCAAACGCUUCACCAUCCACCGAGCCUCCAAUGUUCUUACCAUCUCACUGAAGCGUUUUGCCAACUUUGAUGGAGGCAAAAUCACAAAGGACGUGGGGUACCCAGAGUUUUUGAACAUCCGCCCGUACAUGUCUCGGAGCAAGGGGGAUCCCGUCAUGUAUGGGCUCUACGCAGUGCUGGUGCACUCUGGUUACAGCUGCCAUGCGGGGCACUACUACUGCUACGUGAAGCAACUAGACAUGCUGCCAGGGAAGAAGCUGCCAGGGCUGGAGGAAGUCGGAGUCCCUGUGGCCCGCAGCAUGUUUGGGAUGGGGCCAAAGCUGCCAAAUGGGACCACUCCGACAAAGGGAACAGACUGUGGCACAGACCGCCCUGCUGGCCCCGGUGCCGAGCCGGCUGACCCCAAAGACUCCAAGCGGGCAAAACUGAAGCCUUCCCUGUUGGCCAGCACUGCUCUGGAGCUCAUGUCACCUCCACCUGCCAAGAAGCUGGCGCUCUCCACCAAAAAGCCAGUGUCAGACUGCAGCACUUUCCUGGACACGCUGCCCAUCUCCUCUGUGAAGAAGAGGAAGAAAAGGAGGAGGACAGAGGAGAUAGAAGACCGUUGCUCUGGGACACUGUCCUCGGGCAGCUCUAGGAGGGCUGAGACAGAGCCCCAGCGGCGGAGGGUGGAGGCUGAGGCUGGGGAGAGUGAACACCGCAAGCGUAAGUGGAGGAAAAGCCUCAGCACCCCAGCCUUGGAGCGGCCUGCCAACGGCGUCCGUGCCGCGGACAGCACCCCAGUGGCAGCGUGUGCCUGGGACAACCAGGCUGGAGAAGGGAGCAGGAUCUGCCCAGCUGCCCUGAGCCCCGAGCCCAGCCGUGUGGCUGGCACAGCACCUGGGAGCCAGGAGGAGGCCAACGUGGUAGAGGAGCUGCUUAAGAACUCCUUGGACAAGGCGUAUGGCAAACAAGUCUUGACCUGGGAGGGUGAGGCCUCAGCCGUCAGCCAGGAUGCCAUUCAGGAAGCAGCGUGGGCCUGCAGCGGGACUGUCAUCGAUGAGUGGGACGAGGACUAUGACAAAGGGAAGGUAAAGAAGGUUAAAAAACUGAAGAGGGAGCGGAAGAGACAGUCCAACCCCUUCCAACAGCUGCAGGCCAAGCGCAGCUUCUGGUCAGCCACUCAUCCUGCCAAGGCGGCCAGCCUGAGCUCUAGGCUCUGAGGCGGAGAUCUGCGUCCCCCCGUCGGUGAAGUCUUGGGUCAAGGACUGACGGGGGAGCCCUGUCCUGGGAGCUGUUGGGCCCU